CGCGGUUUCUAAAACCCGUUUUCUGCAUCAAGCGCGCGCGCAUAGAGCUAGCUUAGGAUCGCCGCGCGAAAGCGGCCGGCGAGAGACAAGCGCGCGCCGGCGCGCCGCAGCGAACCACUUUGGACAGGCAGGCAUGCCGUCGCGGAGGCGGUCCUCUGCUGCCCACAUUUGAGGGCCCAUGCGGUCGCUCGUCGUCCUCGGCGCGGGUGCGGCCGCGGCGGUUCCGAACCACGUGGUGCUCGUGGGGGGCAACCUCACGCUCGACGGCCGAUCCGUGUCCCUCGCGCGCUACGAUCCAGAACGAAGGAGCUGGGCCGCCGCCUACACGUCGAAGCUGUACGCCGACGCGGCGGACGCGCGGGCGGCGGGCGUGAUCCGCGCGGUCGCGGCCAACGGGUCGCGCGAGGUGUUCCUGGGCGGGCGGUUCGACGCGACGAGCGCGGACGCGCAGGCGCUGUACUGCGGCGUGGGGCGCCUCGUGGACCGCGGCCCGAACGACGGCGCGCGCCUCGAGCGCGUCGGCGACGGCGCGUGGUGCGCGCGCGCGUUCGCGGCGCAGCCCACGACGAUCCGCGCGCUCGCGGUCCGCGGCGCGCUGCUGUACGCGGGGGGGCGCUUCGCGAGCGAGGUGUGGGACGGCUCGCGCUUCGCGCCGGUGCGGCACGUCGCGCGGUUCGACUCCAACCGAAACGCGUGGUUGCCGCUGCGGGGCGGGCGGCUCGGGAGCGCGGACGACGCUUCCGUGAACGCCCUCGCGUUCUGCGACGACCAGCUGCUGAUCCUGGGGCGGUUCGGGACGCUGGCCGGCAAGGCGCUCGCGUCGCCGAACGUCGCGGUGUACGAGCCGGACGCGGGCCUCGCGCCCGACGCCGCGGGCGGCUUCGUCUUCGCGAGCGGCGCGCCGGCCGCCGUCGACGCCGUCGCUGUCGAUCAGGCGGCGGGCGUCGCGUACGUCGCGGGCAGAUAUGAUGCGAUCGUCCCCGGCGGCCUGCCGUGCGCCGGCGUCGCGGCCAAGCCGUUCCGCGAGGCCGGCCACGCGUGGCGCUGCGUCGCGGACCCGGCGUUCGCGUUCGAGCCGGGCUCGGUCGAACUGCUCCACGCCGGCGCGCGUCUCUUCGCGGCCGGCGCCGCCGCGAUCAACAGCUCGUGGGCCGCCCAGUCGCCGCGGCGCGUCGCCGUCGCCGUCUUCGCCGCGCCGCCUUCGCGCCGGCGGCUGCGCCGGCGGCUGCGCCGGGGCCGCGGCAACGCCACGGUGGGAUCCGAAGUCAUCGCCGCGUCGGCCUGGCAGUGGCUCGCCGGGUGGCGGGGCGUGGACGGCGCGCCGCGCGCGCUCGCGGCGGUCGCCGGCGACGCCGGGGCCUUCCAGCUCGUCGUCGCGGGCGCCUUUGACGACGCGCCGCCCGUCGCGGUCUGGACCGAGGACGCCCGGCUGGGGCCCUACCAGUCCCAGGGCGGCCAGGCGCUGCGCGGCGUCGCCACGGCCGGCGCGGCCGUCGUCGCGGCGCGCGGCGCCGGCUCCCACGCCGCCGCGAAGCCGAAGCCGCGGGACGACGUCGACGCGGGCCUCGCUUUGGUCGUCGAGGCAUCGCUGAUCGGCCUGUGGCUCGGGGCCGCGGCCCUGCUGGUCGCGCUCGCCGCCGCGCUCAUCCGACGGUGCUGGCCCGCGCGGAAGCCCCGGCUCAACAAUCUGCGCGACGGCAUCAGCCUCGCGACGCUGACGGGCGACACGCACAACCAGUUCGACGUGGAGUUCGGCGACGCGUACCGGGCGGCGAUGAAAGCGAGGCACCUGCGCGACGCGCACGCGCUCGUGCUCAUCGACCCGGCCGAAAUCGUACUGAGGGACGUGAUCGGGGAGGGCUCGUUCGGGCGCGUCUGGUCGGCGACCUGGCAGUCGUCGGAGGUCGCCGUGAAGGAGUUCGUGCUCGCCCAGGCCGCGUUCGCGGGCGGUUCGUUGCAAAGACGCGACAUCGUCGAGGCCAUCGUCGGCGAGGCGGGCAUCAUGGCCUACCUGCGCCACCCGAAAGUACUGCAGCUGUACGGCUGCGCCCUCACGGCCCAGGCCAUCUGGAUCGUGUCCGAGCUCUGCGCGCACGGGUCGCUGCGGCAGGUUCUAGACGAUGACAAGGUGGAGCUGAGCGUGGAAACGCGGCUGCGCAUGGCCAUCGACGUCGCGGAGGGCAUGCUCUUCCUCCACACGCGCGAGCGGCCCAUCGUGCACCGCGACCUCAAGUCGCACAACCUGUUCGUCGCGGACGUGCGCGGGCGGCUGCGCGUGCGGAUUGGGGACUGGGGGUCGGCGCCCGCGCGGAACUCGAAUGAAAGUCGCUGCGUCUGCCCGCCGGCGCGGGGGCGGACCGGGACGAGUCGCUCGCGCGGACCGCCGGGCGAUUUCCCCGCAGGUCGGCGCGGGCCGUGGCGGCCACGCCGGAGGGCUUCGCGCGGUCGAUGACGCACGGCGUCGGCACGACCUGCUGGCUGGCGCCCGAGCUCAUCAAGGACAACACGGGCACGGAGACGAUCGACGUCUACGCCUUCGGCAUCGUCCUGUGGGAGCUCGCGACGCGCGAGGAGGUCUACCACAACCUGAGCGCGGCGCAGAUCAUCUCGCGCGUGGCGAACGAGGGCCUGCGGCCGCCGCUGCCGGCGGAGUGCCCCUGGCGCGACGUCAUGGCGGCGUGCUGGGCCGAGGACCCGCUGGACCGGCCGUCGUUCGCGGCGAUCUUCGCGGCGCUGUCGCGCCUCCACGAGGACCUGACGGGCGCGCCGGCGGAGGCGGGGCCGGGGCAUCUGCCCCUCGUCGAGCGGCACCGGCUCCAGCGCGAGCGGUCCCGGUCCGGCCGGCGCCGGUCCGGGCGGUCGUCGUCGGCGCGCGCCGGGGGGUACGGCGCGGCCGACGUAACGACGUAGUGUGAGUCCAGUACCGCCGGCCCGGAACCUUGGGUGGCGUGCAAAGUGGGAGGGAGUGCUUGAACUGGACUCUUGUUGUGUUGUCGUGUAGCACUGCCCCUUAACAAUUUCUAGG